AGCUCUUGCCUUGCAGGUAGCAAUGUCUGAGAAUAUUGCAUGUGUUAUAUGUAUGGGCUUUGCCUUUCAUACAUUGAAUGGUGUACGCGGUAUGCCUGAUGAUCGCAUUUUAGAUAUAAAAGUUCCAAUACUUUUUGUAAUUGGACAAAAUUCCGCCAAAACAAGCACUGAGGAGAUGGAACAUUUACGUGAAAAAUUGCAAUCUGAAUCUGCUGUAGUAGUCGUUGGUAGUGCUGAUGAUUCAUUGCGUGUGCCUAAAAUACGUCGUAAAAUUGAAAAUGUUACACAAGCUACAGUAGACUCAAUGAUUGUAAAAGAAAUGUACGAUUUUGUUAAUAAAACUUUAAAUAAUCGUCCUGGUCCACGUCAACCAACACCAAUUGGUAUUGCCACUACGUUAAAGGGAAAAGUUUCAAAUGGAGAGAAUUCUGGUACAAAAGUAAAUACAGGACAACGUAAGCGAAAAGCAGAACCAAUUGAUGAUGAUGAAAAAUUAGCGCAAUUAAAAACAAAAUAUGGCGUUAAAUCAUUAAAACGUUCAAGAAAAACAAGACUAGCCAAAUCAAGAAUAGAUAAAUCAACAACAGAUCCUAUGCUCCCGAAGCGUAGGGGACGACCACGUACGAAAGCUUUGAAUCCUGGGCAAAAAGUUAAUAAAUCUGUAUCAGCUUCCAAGUUACAAGCACAGCAAACACAACAGGCAAGCAGCCAAGCUUCACCGAAUUCAACCAUAAAUGAUGAUUUGAGCGCAGCUAUGCAAACAAUUCUAUCUGAAACAAAUGAUGGUGAUUUUGUUACGAAUACUAACAAUACAACUGGACCGAAAGCUAUGACCUCCUUUGAUAUUGUUGCCCAACCUAAAUCAGGAACUGGUGGCAAUCCACAAAAGCCACAUAUUAUCAGUAGUACUGUUUUACCAAAUAUAAAUACGGCUAGAUUAAGAGUAUUGCCAUCGAAUCAAUUUAUACAAUUAAGAUCGCCAAUGCAGUCACAAUCUAAAGUUUAUACCAUUAAGCCAACUGGUUUAAUAAGUCAAUCUCAAUUAUCUGUUACAGCAGCUCAAAAUCCCAGCAUUGGUAGCAUAAUUAAAACUACAUCUAAUCCGGCAGCAACGGGACAACAACAAAUAUUUACCUUAAAAUCACCAAAUGGUAAAACUACUCAAUUUGUAACAGCCGCUUCACCAGCUGCACACCAAAAAUAUACGGUUGUUAAAACUCCAAAUGGUGGUACAACAUUACAGUUAACCACAAAUGCACCCAAAACUGUUACUGAAACCAGUACAGGAAAUCUUGAUCUCUCCAAUAUUAUAGAUAUGCCAAUUGUCUUCGCUGAUAAUGACGGAAACUUAACAGAAUCAGUAGUUCAAAGUACUGAUGUGGAAGCUAAAACACAAUUGGCUACUAUAAAACAAAAUCCUACUUCAAAUGUUGGACAACUUAUUAUUAACCCACAAUUGCGUAAAGAUGGAACAACUGCUGUUACCACAUUAGCGUUAAGUAAACCGGGUACUAUUAUGUCAAAUACUCAAUCCGGCAAUAAGGGUAAAGUGGUAUUUAUUAAUCGCAACAACAUGAAACCUUGUUCAAGUAUUAUUUCACGCAAUAAUUUACAAGGACUAACAAAAUAUGCAAAAGUUGUGGUAAAUAAAACAGAGGGCGCAACAACUAGUACUUCUUCAACAGUCCAAACUACACGUUGCAACACGCAAAUCACGCAAAUAGGUGGUACAAAUCACACAAUAACACCCAUUUCAUCGGCAGUUAAACAGGUUAAUAUACAACCUAUAAAAACUUUAGGAAGUGGUUCUAGAAUUGUUAAUAUUGGUUCUAAGAUAACUCCGCAAUAUAAAAUUAUAAGCACGGCUAACAGUGGUACUGUACUAGCUACAGGCAAUGGUGAAAAUGUACGUAAUAUUGUCAUUAAAUCAGCGAUUAAACCGAUGCCUGCAAAUAUGAAUACACAAUUGAUAAAUCGUAAUUUAGUUGUACGUAAAUUCGUUAAACCAUUAACAGGAGGAAUUAAUCCGAAAAUAACUUCUAGUAUAAAUGUCAUCAAUUCAACAAGUACUUCGUCAAACUCAAACAUAGCACCAUUACUGCAAGAUGGAGGAAGCGAAAUGAAUUCAAAUGUUGGUACCACUGCUAUACAAACGUCUCCAAAGAUAAUUACAUUGAAUCCAGUCAAUCCAUCUGCGAAAUUGGAUUGAGUGUAAAAAAGCAUUAUAAAAAAAAAAGUUUCUUUAUUAUUUAAUAUACACAAAUUAAAUUUGUGGGUUAGGCUGUUUCAGUUUAUCUCUAUUAUUAUUAUUAUUAU